AUGGCAAACAUGCGUUUCUUCUCCGUCCUCGGCUUCGCGGCCGCGGCCGUCGCCCAGCUGACGUCGUCUUCCCUCGAGAAGCACGUUGACACCGCCACCAUCAAGUCCUUCAACCCCAUCAAGGAGGCUUACUGGACCGGUCUCCCCCACCACCGCCGUACCCCCUUCGCCGUCUCCCCCGACGGAAAGUCGGCCUGGCUCGCGUACCUCGACUCCUCAGAGACGGGCGUCCACGUCCAGCAGAUCGAUCCCACCACCUUCGCCGCCACCGGUGACCCCGUCACCGUCUCGGGCGGUAAGGAGGCCGCCGGUCUCGUCGCCCACAACGAUGGUUUCGCUCUCAUGACCAACGAGGUUCUCUCCGGCUCCGGCACCGACAACGCCAUCGCUGUUCUCUACCGCUACACCACCGGCAAGACCGAGCCCACCUUCAAGACCUGGCUCGGCGGCCCCAACGUCGACGGAAGCCAGGCCAUGGCCUCCCCCGACGUCAACGGUGACCUCGUCUUCUCCGAGAAGGCCGGUUACUACGCCGCUUACAUUGUUGUCACCGCCUACCAGGGUGAUGCCACCGGCCACUUUGGUGAUGCCAUCCGCUAUGUCGACACCGCCGGAAAGCUCACCUCCAUCUCUGGCGCCUCCUCCAGCUGGGGCUGCUCCCACAACACCGGUAUCGCCUUCGAGGCCGCCGACGCCGCCCCCUUCGCCUCCAUCUGCGCUGAGGACCAGGGUGCCGUCUGGCUCAACACCAAGUCCCAGGGCAUGACCACCGACAACGUUAAGAUCUCCAACGAGCACGUCAUCAACGGCGGUGCCAACGAGGCCAUGGGCGGUAUGUCCGGCUCCUACUCCAACCUUGCCCGCUUCAUCGGCGCCGACUCGUACAUCUUCUCCUGGGUCUCCCGUGGUGCCAUCGACUUGACCGAGAACUCCUGGAUGGGCUCCGGCUACACCACCUCCAAGAACCGCACCAACAACCGCAACGUCGCCAUCGCCCUCUUCUCCGACAAGAACACCCUCGUCGGCUCCCAGGCCACCUCCGUUGCCGGCACCGCCGACGGUGACUCCCAGAUCAACUGGAUGACCUCGGGCUCCAACGACUGCUCCAACGCUCACGCCGCCACCUUUGACUCCUCCAAGGCUCUCAUCACCUGGGAGGAGAUCUCCUCCCCCACCUGCGCCUUCGAUGCCAUGGGCUGCCAGGGUACCUUCGCAGGCACCAAGUUCCAGAUGGUCGGCAGCGACGGCAAGAAGAUUGGUGAGGUCCUCAGCUCCGACGACACCUACGUCGCUGGUGACAUGGUUACCAUGUCCGACGGCCGUAUCUGCUGGCCUUACGUCUCCAUGACCUGGAAGCUCGACGGCCCCGUCACCGGCUCUCCCGUCACCAAGAUGUCUUUCGCCUGCAUGGCUGGCGGCGCCGGCUCCGGCACCGCUUCCUCCGCUGCUCCCGCCUCCUCUGCUGCCCCUGCCACCAGCGCCGCCGCCGUCGCUUCUUCCUCCGCUCCCGUCGCCGCCGCUCCCUCCACCACCGCUCCCUCCACCACCGAGGCUGUCGACGCCGUCGCCACCAGCGCUGUGAACUCUGCUGACCCCACCUUCGCCUCCGGCACCGCCCCCGAGCCCAUCUUCGAGACCAUCUCCGGCCCGGCCUACACCCCCUCCGCCUCCGCCUCCGCCCCGGCCGCCGUCCCCACCUCCUCUGAGGCUGCCUCCGUCCCCGCUGAGGCCCCCGCCUCGUCUGCCCCGGCUGCUUCCGCCUCCGCCCCCUCCGGCGCUCCCGCCCCUGCCUCAUCUGCCGCUCCCGUUCCCGGCACCACCGUCUCCGAGGCCAAGCCCGAGCUGACCGCCACCCCCUCCGGCGCUGCUCCCUCCAAGACCAAGAAGACUCGCACCCGCACCAAGACCCGUGGCCCCAAGCCCACCGGUGCCCCUGCUCAGAGCGGCAAGUGCAGCACCCGCACCACCAUCAAGACCGUCUACGUCACCGCAUAA